AUGUCCGCAGCCAAACAGCGUCUCCAAGCCCUCAGCCAGCAGCUAGUCGAAGGGAUCCCCGACGCCGGGUCUUGUGAAGGUGUCCCGGGGAUCCGGCAAGUCGCGGGAGAUUCGACGGGACCCCGCGUCAAGGGUAAAGUCGCCAUCGUCACAGGAGCAAACUCCCCCCUCGGCAUCGGCCGCGCCACAGCCUACCACUACGCGCACAACCACGCCCACGCAAUCUACAUCUGCGACUACACGCCCACGCACCUAGAGACCUACGCGCGCGAACUCCGCACCCUCCACCCCUCCGUGAAAAUCCACACGCGCCAAUUCGACGCGGCCGACGAAACCGCGAUCCAGGCGGUCGUGAACGACGCAAUAACGACCUACGGCCGACUGGACAUAUUCUUCGCGAACGCAGGGGUGGUCGGCCAACCGAAACACAUUUCCCAGGUGACGGGGGAGGAAUUCAUGGAGACGAUGCGGGUGAAUGCGCUCGGUGUGUUCCUGGGGGUGAAGUAUGCAUCCGAAGCUAUGAAAAUCACCACGACAACUUUACCCGAGGGUGUCAAGGACCAAGGUGCAGACGGGGCAGAAGGGAAGAAAUACCCAGGAGGUUCGAUCAUCUGCACGGCGUCCGUAGCAGGACUCCGGUCGAACGCCGGGUCAACGGAUUACUCGGCUUCCAAGGCAGCGGUGGUAUCGAUUGCGCAGACGAGUGCGUUUCAGCUCGCCGGGACGGGGAUCCGCGUGAAUGCGAUCUGUCCCGGGUUGAUUGAGACGGGGAUGACGCAGGCGGUGUUUGACGCGGCGAGGCAGCGCGGGACGCAGCGCAAGAUAGGCCAGCUGAAUCCCUUGCAGCGAGGUGCUGUUGCCGAUGAGGUUGCACGGGUGGCGCUUUUCCUGGGAAGUGACGAGAGUAGCUACGUCAAUGGACAGGCGUGGGCGGUUUGCGGCGGAUUGAGUGCAGGGCAUCCAUUUGUGCCGGGUAAGUUGGCUUGA